GCCACCGUAGCAGUCAUGACGUUCGUGUUGGAAGCUGUAUUUGCGGGUUUACUUCUAUGUGUGGUAUUUAUUAUUCGGUUAUAUGUUGUUGUGAAGACCGGGCGUAGGUCUAAAUCUGGAACCAAAGGUCCAGUCGCUGUUCUUGUGGUCGCAGGGUCAGGCGGUCACACAACAGAAAUCCUGCGGCUGAUGGAGAGCCUGUCUUCAUCCUACACGCCGCGGCACUAUGUUAUUGCUGACACUGACAGGAUGAGCCAGGAGAAAGUUUGCACCUUUGAAAGCUCUAAACAACAGUCAGACUCUAAGACACAGUUCACCAUUCAUCGAAUCCCACGAAGCCGGGAGGUACGUCAGUCUUUGAGUUCCUCUGUUGUCAGCACCCUGAAUGCCCUGCAGUACUCCCUGCCUUUGGUCUUCAGACUCAGACCUGACAUGGUGCUGUGUAACGGCCCAGGGACCUGCGUUCCACUGUGUGUGGCAGCGCUCCUGCUUGGCAUUCUGGGAAUGAAGAAAGUCGUGAUAGUUUAUGUCGAGAGCAUUUGCCGGGUGCAGACGUUAUCCCUCACUGGGAAGAUCCUGUAUCCCAUAUCGGACUACUUCUUUGUGCAGUGGUCCUCCCUGAGGGACAAAUACCCCAAAUCUAUCUUCCUUGGAAGAAUAGUGUAAAAAUAUGUGGCACUCAUGGAGAUUCUAAUGGUAAUCGCUAAGUGUCUGUAUACAGACACGUAUGUAGUCGCUAUGCUCCUGAAUAAAUGCUCUUUCUUUUUGUA